GGACGUCCUUCACAGCACCACACCUCCCACAGGGCCGGGCUGUGAGGAGCCGGAAAUUAAGAGACCGGAGGAGGAGGGGUUUCCUUGGGUCGGAAGUGAGGGUGGGUGCAGCGUGGGUUCGCCAUGGGGCGCAAGAAGAAGAAGAAGGGAUCUGGAAGCGCAGCAUCGCGGCUGGUGGUGACUUUCGAUGAGGAGAAGCGGAGGGAGUACCUGACCGGCUUCCAUAAACGGAAGGUGGAACGGCGGAAGGUGGCACUGGAGGAGAUCAAGAGGAAGCUGAAGGAGGAGCAGAGGAAGAUGAAGGAGGAGAGGCACAAGGAGUACCUGAAGAUGCUGCGUGAAAGGGAGGAAGCUCUUGAUGAGUUUGAUGAACUGGAGCACUUGGUGACAUCGCGGACAGAGUCAGUGAACAUCGACCACCCAAACCAUAUUGUAACAGUCACAACCAUCAGCGACCUGGACCUCUCAGGUGCACGCCAGCUGGGACUGACCACCUCUGAGGGAAAAAGUGAUGCUUCAGAAGAGAAGGGUGAAGAGGUGAUGAACAAGCCUGCAAGUACAGUGCCCAAAAAGUCACGAAACCCCUUCCUAUCUGAAAAGAUCUCUUCUCUUACUGCUACGCUGCACAUGCACAGCCGGAAAAAGAAGAAAGGAAAGCAACCCCAACGUGGGCAAGGUCCAUUUAAGAAAAUCCAGAAACCAAACAUGAGGCGAACCACUAAGACUCAGAGACGGAGACUGACAGGCAGAAUGGGCCGCGACCAAGAUUAAUGGAGAGCCUGGUGCUCAGAGCAGCAGCUGGGACUGUUUUCAGCAGCUGGGUUGCUGCUCUUUGUGCCCCUUCAUAAUGAUCGAGGACCUUGUUUACAUGGCUCUCUGAGCCCAGUUCAGCCUUACUCACCUGCUGUGUGUUGGCCACGGGCACUAGACACUGCAUUUAUUUAGCAGGAGUCUCCAAAUAAGUACUUAGGUGCCACAGAAUCUCUAAAAUCUUCUGAUGGAGGUCAGGUUCUCUGUAUGACAUAACCCUUAACUGGCUUUAUCAAAGGAGAGGAUCUGAAGCUGAAUGCAGCGGGCAUACUGUCAGGGGUCUGAGUAUCUAUCCCAGCUGAAACUUACUAAGUUUAUUCUAUGAAGUCAUUUUGCUAAGAGAAGUACGUGUGACUUAUCUGAAGCAUAACAGCAACUAUGUUAAUACCAGUACCAGCUGGAAAGAGGGUUAAUGAUUUCUAUUGCUGAAAAAUAUAUAUAUAUAUCUUUAAAAUCUACUGGUGCUCAGGAAAGGGAAUAGCUGGGAGCUGUUCUUGUGGUAAUACAGAACCCGCCAGAGCAGGAAUGGCUCAUUCCAUUGUCUGCUGAAUGUGCCGAUGUUCAUUCCGAUAGCUCAGAGGAGUAUGAAAUCCCUUAAUGCCCUUGCUGCAUGUGUGUGGCCUUCUCUGGGAUGGGAGCGGCAGAGGCUGUGCAUUAGCUCAGGGUGGCUGCCUUCUGCUUGGAAGCCGUGGUACGUGUGUUCUAGCAUGGAUGCCUUCAAGAGAAGGGGGAAAAGUAGUCACCAUACAUCUGCGUGGCUGGGGUUAAGGACAUGACACCUUGUCAUGUUAGGUGUUUCAGAGGUGCAGAAACACAACUUGUGGGCAAGGCUGACUGAUGGUACGCUUGGAUCCUACCCUUCAGGGCUGUACAGCAGCUUUUCCCCUUGAUUAAUGGUGCCUCCCAGGGUGACCAGAGGCAGAAUGAGACUUGCACUUUGCCUGCCCAGGAGUUUGCCCUGAAGCUGCAAUGGCCGCUGCUUGCAGCCUGUGUUUUUGUCACACUGCAAAACCUGCUGAAACGUGGAGUGUGAACUUUGGGUUGGGUUUGUGGAAGCCUGGAAUGACAGUGGGAUGGCGUUGAAAUACCUCAUUAUAAGCUUGAUGGUAUGUUAAGUGUGGCCUCAGCAACACUGAGGUGUUUGUUAUUUUGCUGCCAGGUGAUUUAGAAGAAUUACCGACCCUAAUAACUUCUGAGCCUUUCUCAAGCUGCAGCUGAAGUCUUGAGAAGCCUUUCAUGCUCAGGGAAGGGAAAAAAAAUAGUGGGGGGAAAAAACAGAUCCAUUAAAUCCUAUAUGGAGUUAACCACAA